AUGUGUGAGCGCAGUCUCUACAGGGCGGGCUAUGUGGGCUCGCUUCUGAAUCUGCAGUCGCCUGACUCCUUCUACUUCUCCAACCUGCGGCCGAAUGGCGGCCAGCUGGCCGCGCUCCCCCCCAUCUCAUACCCGCGAGGCGCGCUGCCCUGGGCCACCACGCCUGCCUCCUGCGCCCCAGCGCAGCCUGCCGGUGCCACGGCUUUCAGCAGCUUCUCGCAGCCCUACCUGGCUGGUUCCGGGCCGCUUGGCCUACAGCCCCUGGGCGCCAAGGACGGACCCGAGGAGCAGGCCAAGUUUUACGCGCCCGAUGUGGCUGCCGGGCCGGAGGACCGUGGCCGUGCGCGGCCGCCCUUCGUCCCCGAGCCUAGCCUGGCCCCCGCGGCCGCUGCUCUCAAAGCGGCCAAGUAUGAGUACGCGGGUGUGGGCCGCGCGGCAGCGGGCUCUGCAGCCCUGCUCGAGGGGACCCCCUGCGCUGCCGGCUUCAAGGAAGACGCCAAGGGCCCGCUCAACUUGAACAUGACAGUGCAGGCUGCGAGCGUCGCCUCUUGCCUGCGACCUUCGCUGCCCGACGGCCUGCCGUGGGGGGCGGCCCCAGGGAGGACCCGCAAGAAGCGGAAACCCUACACCAAGCAGCAGAUUGCGGAGCUGGAGAACGAAUUCCUCCUCAACGAAUUCAUCAACCGCCAGAAGCGCAAGGAAUUGUCCAACAGGCUGAACCUCAGCGACCAGCAGGUCAAAAUCUGGUUCCAGAACCGGCGUAUGAAAAAGAAGCGCGUGGUCCUGCGCGAGCAGGCUCUGGCGCUAUACUAGCCCCCCGCGUGGCCGCGGCUGGCCAGGCCUGCCUUUGAAAGCCGAGGCCUGGCGUGGAGGAAAAGCUGGCAGUA